AUGAAGUGUCGCCUAGUGAUAACCCGUUCAGAAGAUGCGCUCUGUCUGGUGGACGCGCUGGCCCGAGCACAUGGGCUUAACUUCCGCCGUCGCCGCCCUGGCCCCGCCCCCGGAGCGCUGGGCUCCCGACAACCGCCCGAGGCCGAGCCCGGAGCCCCAGUGCCCAGCCGGCCCCCCCGCCGCCUCGAGGCCGGGGACACGCGACGGUGGCCUGGGGGCGGCCGCCCUGGCGCUGGGGCCCUGGUCGCCGUGCCCCUGGGGGGUCCCGUCGCCCGCCGGCAGUGGAAAUCCCGCGGCCUCGUCACCCAUUGCCUCCUCGCCGUCGCGCUGGCCUUCACCGUCACGGUCGCGCUGGCCCUGACCGUCGUCACCGUCGCGCUGGCCCUGACCGUCACCGUCGCGCUGGCCCUGACCGUCACCCUCGCCGUCACCGUCACCGUCACCGUCACCCUCGCCGUCAGCUGCCUCCAUGACCUGGUCUGCUCCCCCGCCGUGGUCAGGGUCCGUGAGAGCAGCGAGGUGAUGGUCACCCACUGGCAGAUGGCAAUGAGGACAGCACGCUAUCCUGUGACUAUCAGGGCCCUCUGCCAGGCAGCGUGGGGAGCGUCUCUGGUCCAGACUCCGCCGCCGCCGCCGCCGUGCAUCCUGCCCCUCCCAGGCUGGGGAGAGACAUCAGCCCACCUGAGGGAAAGAAGCAGAGACUGAUGGGAGUCCCACCACCUCUAACUGGCUCUGUCUGUGUCCCAGAGCACUCUGAACUUCCCAAUCUGUUACCUUGUCUCCGAAGCAUAAUAUUUUCUUAAGACUCUCCCCGAGAUGCCCACUUAUCAUGAAGAACAGCUACAAAAUGUUCCAGCAAGUAUGAUCAGGUCCUGUGGGGUCUGAUUCAUCACCAGAGGGCCUCCUGUCCUGGUCACUCAGAUGUCUUCGUCCUCAGUGCUCAGAAAUUUGAGAUCAAAACCAGAUAGAUUAGCCUGGGUGCUGUCUUCAGUCACUUGCAUGCAUCUUGCAAGCUCCUUUCUGAGGUGAGCAACCCACAAAUAUUCAGUAUUUGGAGCUAGAGGAAAUGAAAUUCAUCAUCUUCAGUUCAUGCAUGCUUUUAAAUACCUACUCCCAGUGGGGUGCCUGGGUGGCUCAGUCAGUUGAGCCUCUGACUCCUGAUUUCAGCUCAGGUCAUGAUCUCAGGGUUGUGACAUCAAGCCCUGCAUCCGGCUCAGGGUGGAGUCCGCUUGAGAUU